CCCGGCCAUCUCCAUCACUGCCAUCCCUUUCUCCCUCCUCGCCUUCUCUCUCUACAGCGCUCACUCACGCGCUUGCCAGGCCUGCUUCUCUGGCCGACCUCGUCCCAUCACUGUACUCUCUCUGCUCUCUUUGAUCGACGAGCGAGCAAUUUGCAUGUAGAAGAUCACAAGGGGUUGCAGAGGCUGCGGAAAGGUAGCUAGAUCUAAGCUUGGGGGAGGAGGAGGAGGAGGAGGGGAGAGAGAGAGAGAGGGGAAGCUAGCCUGUGCGUGUAUGGUGAGGUGUUAGGGUUUGAGGAAGGAGGAGGAGACUAGCAAUAGCAAGCUAGAUAUGCCCGGAGGGUUGAUGAUCCCCGGCCGGAACAUGCCGACGGCGGCCAUGAUCGGUGGCGGCCUCGCCAGCUACGCCGCCUCCCUCGGCCAGAACAUGUUGGAUGGGCCGCAUCAGCUGCCGGUGAUGAAUCAGCAUGGCCAGCAGCUGCUGCAGCAGGCGGCCGCGAGCGAGAGCGACACGCGCGGCCCGCGGCACGACGAGUUACUGAUGGAGAGCAAGUCCGGCACCGGCAGCGACAACAUGGAGGGCGGCGGCGGCGGCGGCGGGUCGGGCUCCGGCGGCGAGGAGCUGCAGGAGGACGACCUCGGCCUGCAGCGGCCCCGCAAGAAGCGCUACCACCGCCAUACCCAGCACCAGAUCCAGGAGCUCGAAGCAUUCUUCAAGGAGUUCCCUCACCCUGACGACAAGCAGAGGAAGGAGCUGGGCCGGGAGCUGGGCCUGGAGCCUCUCCAGGUCAAGUUCUGGUUCCAGAACAAGCGCACCCAGAUGAAGACGCAGCAGGAGCGGCAGGAGAACACGCAGCUGCGCGCCGAGAACGAGAAGCUGCGCGCCGAGAACGCGCGCUACAAGGACGCGCUCGCCAACGCCGCCUGCCCCAACUGCGGCGGCCCCGCCACCGCCGUCAUCGGUGAGAUGUCCUUCGACGAGCACCACCUCCGCCUCGAGAACGCGCGCCUCCGUGACGAGAUCGACCGCAUCUCCGCCAUCGCCGCCAAGUACGUCGGCAAGCCCGCCUCCGGCCUGCCCAGUUCCAACAUCUCCUCCGCGGCCGCCACCGCGCCCUACCCGCCGCUCUCCUCCCACCACCUCCUGCCCGGCGCGGACAUGUUCGGCGGCCUCCAUCAUCACGGCGCCGCUGCCGGGUUCGACAAGCCGCUGGUGAUCGAGCUCGCCGUGGCUGCCAUGGAGGAGCUGGUCCGGAUGGCCCAGCUCGGCGAGCCGCUCUGGGUCCCCGCCCUCGUCGACGGCGCCGCCGCCGAGGCACUCAACGAGGAGGAGUACGCGCGCUCAUUCCCCAGGGGCGUCGGCCCCAAGUCGCCGGAGCUCCGCUCGGAGGCGUCGCGGGAGACCGUCGUCGUCAUCAUGAACCACGUCAGCCUCGUCGAAAUGCUCAUGGACGUGAACCAGUGGUCGACGCUGUUCUCGAGCAUUGUGUCGCGGGCCGGCACGCUAGAGGUGCUCUCCACCGGCGUCGCCGGCAACUACAACGGCGCGCUGCAGCUGAUGACGGCGGAGUUUCAGAUGCCGUCGCCGCUGGUGCCGACGCGGGAGAGCCAGUUCGUGCGGUACUGCAAGCAGCACGCUGACGGCAGCUGGGCGGUGGUGGACGUCUCGCUUGAUGGCCUGCGCGGCGGCGUGCUGGGGAGCGCGCGUGGGCGGCGCCGCCCCUCGGGCUGCCUCAUCCGGGAGAUGCCAAACGGCUACUCCCGCGUGACGUGGGUGGAGCACGUGGAGGCGGACGACGCGAUGGUGCACGACCUGUACCGCCCCCUGGUGAGCUCCGGCCUGGCGUUCGGCGCGCGGCGGUGGGCGGCGGCGUUGGAGCGGCAGUGCGAGCGCCUGGCAAGCGCCAUGGCCAGCGGCGUCCCUGCGGCGCCCGCUGGCGGCGGCGCCGACGCCGGGGUGGUGACGUCGGCGGAGGGGAGGCGGAGCAUGCUCAGGCUGGCGGAGCGGAUGGUAGCGAGCUUCUGCGGCGGCGUGACCGCGUCGACGACGCACCAGUGGACGACGCUGUCGGGGAGCGGCGCCGAGGACGUGCGCGUGAUGACGCGCAAGAGCGUGGACGACCCCGGCCGCCCACCCGGCAUCAUCCUCAACGCCGCCACCUCCUUCUGGCUCCCCGUGCCGCCGGCGCGCGUCUUCGGCUUCCUCCGCGACGACGCCACCCGCAGCGAGUGGGACAUCCUCUCCAACGGCGGCGACGUGCAGGAGAUGGCCCACAUCGCCAACGGCCGCGACCACGGCAACGCCGUCUCCCUCCUCCGCGUCAACAACGCGAACUCGAACCAGAGCAACAUGCUGAUCCUACAGGAGUGCUGCACGGACGCGACGGGGUCGUACGUGAUCUACGCCCCCGUGGACGUGGUGGCCAUGAACGUGGUGCUCAACGGCGGGGACCCGGACUACGUGGCGCUGCUGCCGUCGGGGUUCGCCAUCCUGCCCGAUGGGCCGGGAGCGGGCGGCGGCGGGUCGCUCCUCACCGUGGCGUUCCAGAUCCUGGUCGACUCGGUGCCCACCGCCAAACUCUCGCUGGGCUCCGUCGCCACCGUCAACAGCCUCAUCUCCUGCACCGUCGAGCGCAUCAAGGCCGCCGUCGCCGCCGACAACGCCCACCGGUGACCAUAUUCUACCAUCCAUCAUGCCAAUGGAGAAGAAUCUGGGGAGGGAUCAAGAGCGGGUUGAAUCAAAGUAAAAUUAAAUUUGAGAGGAUUUGGCAACGCGGGGAGUCAAGAACGCACCGCUUUCUCUCCUUGACAAGUGUUGCCCUGAUUCAGAAGUAGCGAUGGGGCAACACUCUGCAAGGGGGUUGGUUCGGGCAUUGACUUUUCUCUCUUCCUCUCUCUCUCUCUCUCCUUCAAUCGACCUGCCAGUCUCUCUCCAGAAGCUCCAUGGAUUGUAGUAGAAGUUCAGCUAGCAGCUAGACAAUGCAUGCCGUGCAAACUUUUUUAAUUUGACUCUGUUGUAAUGAGUCUGUACCUGUGUCUUGGUGUUCCUCUGUCUCCUCUAGUUUUCUUAUCUGCAUGCAUGGAGGAUUAAUCUCAAUUUGACUUGGAGAUUGCAAAAGUUUGAACCGGUUAAUUGGACCUUUUUU